AUGGCGGCCAAAGAUGUGCAGACGAAACUGCAAAAUGGUUCCACAGCAGUUAUUGUUAAAUCAGAUAGAGCUAAAAAAUCUGAACUCCUUCGUGAAAUCCACAAACUGGAAGUACAAAUACAAGCAAUGGAAAGAGAAAAAAUGACCCACAUUUAUAGUAAAAGAAGUGAUUUUAGAUCAGAUUUCAGUCAAUUAGAAGAACAAGAUAAUAAUUCAACUUUAGAAAGAAAAACUGAAAAGGUCAAAGUUCAGCAACAAUUAGAAAAGAUCAACCAUAUGGUAAAACGAUUUCAGAGGGAGUUAAAAGAUAUCAAGCCUACACCAGAAUUUGUAGAAAGAUUAAAAGUUAUUAUGGAAGAUAUCGAGAGUACAAUCAAAUCCUUUAAAGAACAACAACGAACAAAAUAUGAAGAGUUAUUGAAAGAUGAAAGAAGGACGUAUUUAGAUAUACAGAAUUUAGAGAAAAGAUUUGAAUCUUUGUCACAAUCUACUAGUGGUAAUAAUUCAUCUAGAACUAUAUCUCAUACCACUAGUACUACUACAAAAGAUAUUACUAAAGAUCUACCACCAGAAGUUGCUGCCUUUGAGAGAUUUUUACAACAAACUGGAGGACCAAGAGGAGGCUGGGAUGAAUAUGAUCAUCAGACAUUCCUUAAAUUUAGACAAAAAUAUAAGGGAAGAAUAGUAUUUUUAGAUCAUCUACCAUCAGCAAUACCUACUCAUACUGAAACAGAAAUACGAGAACAUGAAACUUGGUAUCAGGAGUAUCUAUUUUUACUUGAUAACAAGAAAUAUGCUAUUAAAAAAUGGCGGGAAAAAAAGGAGGAUGAUAAAGAAGAUAUUCUAUCUAAAGCUGGUCAACACGUAGAGUUAAAAGUUGAGUCAGAAAAAGAAAAACAACAGAAAUAUUUAGAAAAGUUGGAACAAGAAAAAUCAGAAAGAUAUGCUAUGGUUAAUGCAUGGAAGGUUCAAAAAGAGUUAGAAAAGGCUCAAGAACAGGAAAGAAAAUUAAGGGAAGAAUUUAAUCAAAAGAAAAAGAAAGAAGAAGAAAGAAUAAGACAGGAAGAGAUGAGAAGUAAAGUAAUGAAUUAUAAACAACAGAAAGAAGAGGAAGAUAUUAAUAAAGAAGAGGAAGAAAGAAUAUUAAAAGAACAUGAGAUAUUACAUGAACAAGAAGAAAAAGAAGAAAGAAGUAGAAUGGCCAUUAAAGAAAUAGCUAAAUUUCGACAUAGGGAUCAACAAAAAUUACAAGACAAGAUAAUAAAAGAUAGGAUAAAAGAAGAAGAAAAGAUACAGAAGGAAAUACAGAAGGAGAGAAUCAAACUGAAUGUAGAGAAUCAUGUGAGACGUGAUCCAGGAAGAUUAUUUCAGCCUACAGCAGGAUGGAAAGAAAGAUUAAAAGACAAUAAAUCUAAUGGUGGGGGACAAAUUUUACACAUGCCACACAGAGCUAUUCCUGCGUGGAGAAAAGGACCAUAG